AUGCCUAGCCAACCCUUUCCCAAGGUGGAGGCUAUCAACCAAGGAAUGAUCUCAGAAACAGGGGAGCCUUUAAAUACAAGAGGAUUAGGUUUAGGGUCAAAGGAAGUCAAGGGGGAAGCAACAUUUUUCGGGUUUGACUUUGACUUCCAGCUCGAUCGAGUUGAAGCUUGGCCGGUCGAGUUGAGGAACUCGACCGGUUGGUCGAGUAGACGGUCGAGCUGGUCUUCAAGAUGGCUUCUCCCUUCUUCCUUUGCGUAUCCAGUUGAGCUGCGUCCAUGUGCCAAGUCCCUCCAUGCUCCUUAUGUCCCAUAUGCUCCAGAAUGCUCCAAAAGACCUAUUUCAAAGGCCAAACAUGCAUAUCAACAUCUUGGAUCAAUCUACAACCGCCUACAAGCCCUUGAAGGAUCAUCUCAUGCCAAUUACAAGAGAGAGAGGAGUCCAACACCCAACCACCCUCCCUUUUAUUGCAAUGCCAUCACAAGAAGAAGCACUACUCAAGUCCAUGAGGACAAUGAAGAAGAAGAAAGAGAGUAUGAGGAACAAUUGAAUGAUGAAGAUGAAGAGCAGAGCAUCGACAUCAAUGCUUCCCCAAAACAGAGCAUGGAUACACCAAGCCCUAGAGACCCUCGUUUCUCACCAAGAAGUCAAGCUUCUACACUUCCAAGAUUGGAAGCAAUGCAAAGACCAUCACCACCUACUGAAGAAGAAGAUACUUGGCAUAUGAUCCCAUUGAUCCCAACAAGAUAA